AACAGAAGAUCCCCUGCAUGGCGCCGUCCCUUCACCUGGUGUACUUCGACAUUGAGGGAGUGGCGGAGAAGGUUCGCCUCACGCUGCUCCUCGGAGGUGUUGCCUUCCAAGAUGAGCGCAUCAACUUCAAGGACUGGUCCGACCCAGCCGUCAAGCAGCGCGCCCCUUACGGCCAGCUUCCCUUCCUCACCGUCGAUGGUGGCGCUCCCAUCACGCAGAGCGAGGCAAUGCUCCGUUACGCAGGCAAGCUGACAAAGCUCUAUCCUGAAGAUUUCGAUAAGGCACUGAAGGUCGACGAGAUAGUCGGGCUGCAGGGAGACAUGGCUCGAGCGAUCGCUCCAUCCAUCUACGUCGGCAUGAGGCCACACGUCUAUGGGUACGCUGAAGACCUUCCGGAGGCGGAGAGGAAGGCGAUCCAAGGGCGGCUGAGGGAGACGCUGCUCAAAGACGACAUCCCACGCUUCUUGGGAUACUUUGAAGAGAAGCUGGUGCAAAACGGCACUGGCUUCUUCGUUGGGGACUGUGUUACCAUCGCUGACUGCGUGAUGCUUCCUCAACUUCGACAGCUCAAAUCCGGAAGGUUGGACGGGAUCCCGACCGACAUUGUCGAUGGCUACCCAAAGCUCUCUGAGUUCUACCGGAUGAUGAUGGACAUCCCGUGCAUCAGGAAUCACUACGAGAAGCACUGAUCGCGUGCUUGCUCCUCCUUCUGUUUGUCCGGCUCAUCUCUGACUGAAAGGAAUUUAUAGGA